CAGCAGCUGGCGGAGGUGUGUUAGUCAUGACGCAACCAUACUCAUGGUUCGUUUACCUAUAUAAGUGGAAUAUUUCGUGUACAGUUUACAUAGACAUUGCUUCUAUAUACAAGAGUUAGCCUACGAACUCUAAGUGACAAGAUAGAAAGAGAACAUUGUUCUAUAUAUGUUGCAAAUUUCAAGGACAGAAAUAGACAACUUAAGUUGGUACGGAAUUUCUCCUCUACGGUGGCACAGGCUAAGCUGACCUUACACGGGUUUGCAAUCACAUCAUUCCAAAGAGUGGCUCAAACAUCUGUUGAAUUCGUAAUAACACUGGAGUUUUGAUCACCAUGUCAAACACUGGUGGCAGCAGUCUCACUCACCAUGAAGGCAGCCAAGCUGGUGUAUCACGACCAGAGAAGGAAUGGGAUAAGUUGGAAUCCAGGAUGAAAAAUGAGGAGAGAACCAUCAUAAUUGAUAAGCGUUUCCACGGAGCCAUCAUUGGUACUAGAGGUGUCAAUAUCAAGGAGAUCACAAGCACCUUUAACAAAGUUCGAAUCUCCUUCCCUGAGCGAGAUAAACUGUCAGACAUUGUAAAAAUCAUUGGUCCAAAGAAUGAUGUUGACCAGUGCUUUAAACUCCUGAAUAAAAUGUUAAAAGAGCUUCACAAAACGAAUUACCAGGUUAAAGUGUCUAUCCCCCACAAGUUCCACAAGUUCAUCAUUGGCAAAGGUGGUGCAAAUAUCAACAAGAUCAGAAGACAAACUAACACACGCAUUCAACUGCCUUCAGGAGGUCAAAAGAGUGAUGGCAUCAUCAUCACAGGUAAAAAGGAGAACUGUGAUAAGGCUCGUGACUGUAUUCAGAAAAUCCACGAAAAGUUGGUUUUUUUAAAAGGAGCUAAAGAGAAUGGUCAAGUAUCUAAGGCUAGGAUCCAGCAGAGGGCGAAUGAUAAUGAGACGGUGAACUUAAAAGUAUAUAUUCCACAAAAAUAUCUUGGUAUUGUGCUGGGUGCCUGGGGCAGUAAGAAGCAGGAAUUCAAUUCAAAGUUUAAAGUAUAUAUCAACUUCCCUAAAAAUGACAGUGGAUCUCUUGUUAAUUGUCAGGAAAAUCAAGGACAACUCAGUGGCAAGGUGAAUAAAAAGACAACAGUUAGACCUCUAAACAUUGUACACAUUAUGGGCAGAAAAAACAGAUGUGAGGUUGCCCGUAAGGCCCUAUUGAGCCUAGUGCCAGUUACAAUCAAAGAGAACAUCGCCUUCAGACACCACUGCUUCAUAGCUGGAAAAGAGGGAGAACAGAUCAAAAAGAUGAAAGCAAAAUACAAGGUGCAUGUUGACGUUCCUCCAGCAGAGGAGCAGAGUGAUAUUAUUAAGAUUACUGGCUUACCAGCCAACAUUGAGCGAGUGCGGGAAGCUCUGAGGGAAAAAGUGCGUCAGCUAGAAGUGAAAGAGAUGCAGGUUGAAAUGGAUCCUGAAUAUUAUCCCAAAAUCAUUUGGAUGAAAAGUGCUGUUAUCUCUAAUCUCAUGGAUAAAUUUAAUGUCAGUAUUCAGUUUCCUCCUCGCGGCGAUGUAACGAAAAAGAGCAUCACCAUCACUGGAUGUGAGGAAAAUGUAGAGGAAGCAAAAGCUGCUAUCAGUGAAAAAAUUAAUAAAAUGGUGAAGGACACUGUUGAAAUUGAUAGUGGAAUGCAAUUUCGUCCUCUAGUAACCGUGAAGUUCAAG